AUGGCAGGAUCACAACUCAAAAGGCUGAAGGCCAGAUUAAAAGAAGCUGGCCUCACAGGACAGACAAAUAAGAAAAGAAAAGGAAAGAAGCACUCUAGAAAGACACCAAAUGAAAGUAGAAGGGCAGAUCGCCAGCGUCUGGUUCAGGAAAUUCGGGAUGAAUUUAAUCCAUUUGAUCUAAAGAUGACAAGAGGCAAGCGUGCGGACGCAAAAUCCAAAAAUCUGACGGUGGGAAAGCCUGGUAUUUCCAAGCAAAGAGGUGAAGAGAGAAGAAAAGCAGAUUGGAAAGAGCGUUUGGCAAGAAAGAACAAGGUUGGAGGAAUCAUCGAUAAGCGUUUUGGUGAGAAGAACAAGAGCAUGACCAGCGAGGAAAAGAUGCUUGAAAGAUUCACGAGGGAAAAGCUAGCACAUUCCAGUAAGUAUUCGCUAACAGAUAUGGACAGUGAUGACGAUGAUGACAAUGACACUCUUACACACUAUGGGCAGACACUAGGGUUCAAAGAAAAAGAUCAUGGCAGUUCUGAUGACGAUGCAGAUGAGGAUGAAGGCUUUUUCCAAAAAAAGAAUGGUGAUGAUGAUGCUAAUGAGGCAGAAGAGCCGGGACAAGGUUCUAAGAAAAAGACCAAGGCCGAAGUUAUGAAAGAAGUGAUAGCCAAGUCUAAAUUUUAUAAGCAUUUGAGGCAGGAAAAGAAUGCCAAAGUGGCGAGUGCUGUUUCUGAAUUAGAUGAUGACUUUAAUGACAUUAUGACAGAUUUAAGACAUACCAAUGAAAAAUCCAAAAAGAAAGAACCGCCAGUGAAGAAGACAGAAACAGACUUAGCUUAUGAUAAAAAAGUUUUAGAAGUUAAAAUGUCUGAGAAGGCGGCUCCUGCUGAAAGAACGAAAACUUUGGAGGAGAUUGCACAGGAAAAGAAGGAAAAUUUGGAAAGACUUGAGCAGCAACGUUUGAAAAGAAUGCAAGGACAAGUUGAGGAUCAAGAACCCGGAGCAGAUGACUUAGAUGAUGACUUUUGGGAAGGAGAUGUUGAUGCUGGUGAUGGCGAAGUUAUUGUGGCUGAAAAUGCACAAAAUGAAGAUGCCGAGACUUCUGCAGAAGAAAAUCAGCUUGCAGGUACUACUAUGAUCGGUGGAAAGAUUCUUCGACUCAAUACAUCGAAAAAUCUUGACAUAAGCAUUAUAUGCCCGACGUCUUUGCAGGAAUUUGAGGGUCUUAUAGAAUCUAAGUCCUUAGAUGACGUCAUUGUGAUUGUUAGAACCGUCUUUAAGAAGUAUCAGCCGAAAUUAGCUGCGGGAAACAAAGAGAAGAUUGGAGUUUUCACAGGUGUUCUUUUGGAUUAUCUAUUCAAGCUUGCCGAUGAGGGAUUUGAAGGCAAUGAAAAUAAAGAAUCGUACGUCCAUAUCAUGGAAUUCCUUUCCAAGCUUCUUAGAGACUUGGCCGAGAAGUAUCCAGAGAAAAUGCUAGAAUUUUAUAGAAUCCGACUCUCUUCCAUGCAAACCAGAAUUGAAGCCAAGGACUUCGAGUCAUAUCCAAAACGCUCCGAUCUUAUGGCGUUUACGUUGAUUGGAAGGACUUUUUCAACCUCGGAUAUGUAUCAUCUUGUUGUUAUACCGGCACUCAUUGUUAUGUGCGAGUCUCUUGAAUUUCUAGAGGCCAAAAAUUACAUCACACAUUUAUUUGCCGGCAUAUAUAUAUGUGACUUGCUCCUUCAGUAUGAGCGUGUUGCCAAGAGAGUUAUUCCUGAGGUCGUUUCAUUUUUGGAAAAGGCCAUCUUGGUGUUGGUUCAAGAGCCGAAUCAAAUUCCAGAUUAUAAAUCACUUGGUACAGAUGACAGAUGUCCACAAUCUACUAAAUUCACGUUAGCAGCAUCAACAGAGCUUCCAACUGAAUUGCAUUCUUUAUCACUGUCUAAAUGGGAUGACGAAUCAGUCGACCAGCGAUCAGCAUUACUUUUAAAGGUGAUAUGCACACUUGAUAGAUAUGUGUCUAUCAUAUACAAGGAAUGCUCUUCCUUCAUCGAGAUCACCACACCAUUUGUGAUUCUCCUCAAGCAUAUGCUCAAAUACCACGCAUUGAAUCUUAAGGUGAAAUCGUUAUUAAUGAAGAUCGAAAACGUGAGAAGAAUCGCUAAGGAUGAGCGAAAGCCUCUUCUUCUUCAACAUCACAGACCGCUUGCAAUUCCUACAUUUGCUCCCAAGUUUGAAGAGAAUUACAAUCCAGAUAAGAAGUACUACGAUCCAAAUAGAACGAGACAGGAGAUCAACAAGCUUCGUCACCAGCUUAAGGAAGAGCGCAAACAGGAUAUGCGUGCAUUGAGAAGAGAAGCAGAGUUUGAGGGCAGAGAACAAGUUGAUGCUAAGAAGAAAGCUGCUGCUGAAUAUCAUGCGAAGAUGGCUAGAAUUAUGGAUCAGGUUCAAACUGAAGAGGGUGCUGCUAAGAAUGAAUACGAGAGGGAAAAGAAGAAGAGAAGAAAGAUUUGA